GUACCGAUAGAUAUUAUUUUUGUUUUCAUCAGCCUGAGCCUGCUUACUUGCUUAACACAAACCCUGCUUGCCUCUGCCUGGAAGCUAUUAGUUCUGCUCACUGGUAUAGGGGUUGAGAUACAACCAUGUCGUCGAAAGGUAUUUCUUUCUAUCAAAAGAAACAUAAACAUUAUGAUCAAUCAUAUCGCAAUGUCCAGAGCAGAUAUGUAGUCCAGGAAUAUUCUGCACAAAAAAGAAGUGCCUCAGCUUCUACUUUGAGAAGUUCAGCAUCUUCCUCCAUAUCAAGAACAAAAUGCAUUUGUGGGGCUGAUAAGGAGGUGCAAGAAUAUUAUAGCCCUGCAUCUAAAAGAAGGACACAGGAACAACAAACUGAGCAACAAGUGCAACAGCAAACACAUCACCGCAGCUAUGACCGAGCUACUCAUUAUUCAACUGAACUGGCCUAUUUGCAAGAAGAAGUUCGUGUGGCAAGGGCCUUAGCACGGGAACAAAUUGACAAAGUGUCCAUACAAAGGAUGGUGGAAGAAAAGAUGGCAUUACAGAGACGUAUUCAUGAAGAAAGUAUAAGCCGAGCCCCAGAUAUCCUGGUACGGCUCAGAUCACAUACCGUUUGGGAAGGAAUGGCUGUGAAGCUUUUUUUCACUGUCCAAGGAUAUCCAACCCCUAUAGUACAAUGGUAUAAGAAUGAAUCCUUGGUUAGUCCAGCUAGUGAACCAGGAAAAUACAGAAUUGAAAGCAAAUAUGGAGUGAAUAGUCUGGAAAUAUACAGAACUAACUUCAAUGAUACUGCUACUUAUACUGCAGUAGCAACCAAUGUACAUGGCCAGUCCUCUACUAAUGCUGCAGUCAUUGUAAGAAGAUAUCGUGAAGGAGAAGAUCCCCUGCACUCUGUGUCACUGCCCCUAAGUUUGCCUUUGUCAUCUGCAAUUUGCUUCACUCAUAUUGAUGUUCAGUUUUUGGAGAAGUUUGGGGUAUCAUUUGGAAUUGAAGGUGAAACUAAGACUUUAUCAUGUGACAUAUUGUUAACUCCUGAUAUCAGCAGACUGCGACCCCAGCCAGAGUGGUACAGAGAUGAUGUCUUAAUCAAAGAAUCCAAGUGGCAACAACUGCAUUUUGGAGAGGGCCGUGCAACCUUAACUCUGACACACUUGAAUAAGGAUGAUGAAGGAUUGUAUACGCUAAGAAUUGUCUCUAGAGGCGGAGUGAAUGAGCACAGUGCAUUCCUAUUUGUGGCUGAUGCUGCUGCCUUGGUGGCAGGUGCCCCUGGUGCCCCGAUGGAUGUCGAAUGCCAUGACGCCAACAAGGAUUACGUGAUUGUUACUUGGAAACCACCAAACACAGCCAGUGAAGCACCAGUUAUUGGAUACUUUGUUGAUAAGUGUGAAGUUGGAACAGAUAACUGGAUUCAGUGCAAUGAUUCUCCAGUUAAAAUCUGCAAGUAUCCUGUGACUGGUUUAUUUGAAGGGCGUUCUUAUAUAUUCCGAGUACGAGCCGUUAACAAAGCUGGUGUUAGCAGACCUUCUAGAGUUUCUAUCGCCGUUGCAGCUCUGGACCCUGCUGAUUUGGCCAGGCUACAAACAAUCCAUCUGGAUGGAGGCAAAGAAAUCGUUAUCUAUCAAGAUGACUUGGAAGGUGAAGUAAAAAUCCCUGGACCCCCUACCAAUGUUCAAGCUUUGGAAACCAGCAAAACAUAUAUUGUUCUCAGCUGGGAUCCACCUGUUCCCCGUGGCAGAGAUCCAGUUGUGUAUUAUGUUGAGAAGACAAUGGUUGGUAGUGGAAGUUGGCAGAGAGUGAAUGCACAGAUCCCAGUGAGAUCCCCUCGCUAUGCGGUAUUUGAUUUGGCAGAGGGAAAGUCGUAUAAUUUCAGAGUAAUUUCAGUUAACAAGCAUGGUGUCAGUGAGCCAUCGGAAAUAACACCACCAAUACAAGCACAGGAACGUGUUGCUGUGCCAUCUGCUCCUGGUCGUAUACAGGCAUCUAGAAAUACCAGAACUUCAGUUGUUGUACAGUUUGAUAAACCCAAACUAGAAGAAGAAUUAAUUGGAUAUUAUAUUGAUUCUUCUGUGGUGGGAUCAAAUCACUGGGAAACCUGCAAUCACAAACCUAUUAAGUAUAACAGAUUUGUAGUCCAUGGCUUAACAACCGGAGAGAAGUACAUUUUCCGUGUAAAGGCUGCUAAUGCUGUUGGAGUCAGUGAGAACUCUCAAGAAUCAGAAGUAAUAACUGUUAAGGCUGCAUUAAGCGGAGGAGUGCCUCAUGCUACUCCAUCUCAUCCCUAUGGCAUUACCCUUCUAAACUGUGAUGGCCAUUCCAUGAUUUUGGGUUGGAAGUUACCCAAAUUUACCGGUGGAUCUCAUAUAACUGGCUACUAUAUUGAUAAACGUGAGGCUAAUCACCUGAACUGGCAUGAAGUUAAUUCCAGCAUCGUUAAGGAGAGAGUUUAUAAGGUUGAGGACCUUGUAGAGGGUGCUUUCUAUGAAUAUAAAAUUGCAGCAAGCAACCUUGCAGGCCUUGGUCUUCCAUCUGAUCCAAGUGAGCACUUUAAGUGCGAGGCAUGGACAAUGCCAGAGCCAGGCCCUGCAUAUGAUCUGACAUUCUGUGAGGUGAGGAAUUCAUCUCUGGUUAUACUUUGGAAAGCACCCAUUUAUUCAGGCAAGAGUCCUGUUUCUGGAUAUUUUGUGGAAUACAGAGAAGUAGAAUCAGAGGAAUGGACACGUGUAAAUAAGUCUGCAACAGCAAACCGCUACCUAAAGGCGACCGGUUUGGAAGAAGGAAAGACAUAUGUUUUCCAUAUCCUGGCUGUGAAUGCUUCAGGAACUGGUAAAGCCUCUGAUGUGUCAGAACCAGUUCUGUUAGAGGCACGAGCAGGAGUGAAGGAGAUCACUGCAGGUGUGGAUGAAGAAGGCAGCAUUUAUCUUGAUUACAGCUGCUCUGAAAUGACAGAAGCAUCUCAGUUUAAAUGGUGCAAAUCUUAUGAAGAGAUUGACGAUGAAGCCAAAUUCAAAGUUGAAAGCAUUGGAGAAAAAUCCAGAUUAUACUUUAAAACCCCAGACAAAGAUGACAUGGGAACCUACUCAGUUUCAGUUAGCGAUACAGACGGCAUUUCAUCAAGCUUUGUUAUGAAUUCAGAGGAAAUUGAACGCCUGAUGGCUCUAAGCCACGAAAUCAGAAAUCCCACUAUACCUCUGAAGACGGAAUUAACAUAUGAGAUAUUAGAAAGAGGCAAGGUCCGUUUCUGGAUUGAAGCUCCAAGUUUGUCUGCUGAAACAAAUUAUAGAUUUGUUGUGAAUGACAUGGAAGUUAAAGACAGUGAGAACCACAGGAUUAAAUUUGAUAAAUCCACUGGUGUCAUUGAGAUGGUGAUGGAUAGGUUUACAGUUGAAAAUGAGGGCACUUAUACUGUACAGAUUCAAGAUGGAAAAGCAAAGAACCAGUCUUCAUUAGUUCUUAUUGGCGAUGCGUUCAAAGCACUGCUGGCCGAAGCUGAGUUCCAAAGGAAAGAAUAUAUUAGAAAACAAGGUCCACAUUUUCUGGAAUAUUUAUACUGGGAAAUUUCCGAGGAAUGUGAAGUAUUGCUGGUGUGCAAGGUAGCAAAUGUCAAGAAGGAAACAGUGUUUAAGUGGUACAAAGAUGAGGUUCCCGUUGAGCCUGAGGACCAACCUGAUUUGCAGAAUGGAGUGUGCAUAUUCCGAAUUCCAAGGCUGACUAAGAAGGAUCAAGCUGAAUAUAAGGCAACACUGAAGGAUGACAGGGGUCAAGAUGUGUCAGUUCUUCAACUUUCUGGAAAAAUAUAUGAAGACAUAAUCCUUGGAAUGAGCAAAGUCAGUGGAUCAUCUGCCUCAGACCUUAAAAUCCAAUGCACACCUGAAGGAAUCAGAUUCCACUGUUACAUGAAAUACUACACAGAAGAAAUGAAAGUGACCUGGUAUCAAAGAGAAUCGAAGGUCUCUUCAAGUGAAAAGAUGAAGAUUGGAGGCACGGAUGAUUUUGCUUGGUUACAGAUUUGUGAACCUACAGAAAAGGACAAAGGAAAAUACACAUUUGAGAUAUUCGAUGCUAAAACAUCUUAUAAGCGGACAGUUGAUUUGUCUGGACAAGCAUUUGAUGAAGCCUUUGCAGAAUUCCAAAGACUUAAGGCAGCAGCUUUUGCUGAGAAGAAUCGUGGUAAGGUCAUAGGAGGACUGCCUGAUGUGGUAACAAUAAUGGAAGGCAAGACAUUGAGUCUUACCUGCACAGUGUUUGGAAACCCAGAUCCUGAGGUUUCUUGGCUGAAGAAUGAUAGGGAUCUGGAAAUAACUGACCAUUUCAAGUCUACUAUGGAACAAGGAAAGUAUGCUAGUCUAACAAUCAAAGACGUCUCUUCAGAAGACUCUGGAAAAUACGGCAUCAACGUUAGAAACAAAUAUGGAGGUGAAACAGUGGAUGUCACCGUAAGUGUAUACAAAUAUGGAGAAGAGGUACCCGCAGUUAAGUCUAGCCAGCUUCCUAAAACUGCACCUGCACCUGCUCCUGCACCUACUAAAACUUCCACACCUGAAAAGCCCAAAGCGGCAGCAUCAAAACCAGCAGGAAAAUCCACUAGAAAGUAACACAACAAAACAAUUCAUAUAACAGCUAAUUAAUUGUAAACUCUAGUGUUACUGGUUUACAUGAAGUUAUACAGUGACCGGCUUAGUGCUUAACAGCUCAACUUUUUUAUUUAGUUUAAUAUUUGUUUAGUUUUAGCCGCUGUGUAGACAUGAACGCUACCCCCCUAUUUCAUUUUAAAUUCAUUUAGUGAACAAUGUUUCAUAUUCCCAGCUCCAAAACUUCCCCAGCAACAGUUAUGAUAGAACUUCAAUUACUUCUCAAAUACUCUAUUGGAUUAAUUUAUGUGAAGCAUUUCAAAGGAAUGGAAACAGGAAAAAAAACCCAACAUUUUAAUGUUGCCUUGUCAGUAUUGUAUUGGUGAUAACAUACACUGGCUUAUAUAAAGGUUCCUGCCACAGUGAGGCACUAUUCACCUUGCUGACAAUGAACUCCUGCCUACAUGAGGCAUGGAGAUAAUUGAAAUUCUGUCAGGUUAAAAAUAUUAUAAUCUCUGUCCUGGCCACCCGAUGUGUAUAUUCUCAAAGUGGAUUUAAUUCAAAGGUUUAAUUUAUUCUUAUCUGGUAAUAGUAUAAUAUAGAGAAGUGAAAAAGGCUGCACACAGCUUCUAAGCAUUGUAUGAGAAACAAGUAUAGCCCAUAGGGAUGAUUACUAAUUGCACUCUCUGCCAUAUCAGCCAGAAAAAGAUCAGAUUACAUGUUGGUACGUGUCAUGUACAAUUAAUGAUUUGCCCAAUAAAGUGUAUAUUAUUUGGCAAUAUCAAUCUGAAAUCAUCUCAUGUCGUUUUCCUUGCUUUGUGCUAAUAAACAUUGUCACCUGUGUUCUUCUGCAUUAAAUCACAUUUACUUUU